GGCGCGCCCCGGUGCACGCGUGCACGCGCGGCGGCGCCCGGGCGUGUGCGAGGCGUGAGGUGGAGAUGGGGGCGGAGGGAGCCGGAGCUGUCACAGGCCCCGCGUCCGCCUGAGCGAGCCAAGUGGGGUGUCAUGGCCGCGGGGGGCAGCGGCUGCACUUCCUCUGCUGGCAGCGGCGGCUGCGGAGUUAGUCCUCGACGCACGGGUCGGUCCCGUUUCCCUCUGUGCGGCGGCCGGCGGGACCAUAAGGGCUUAACUCACAUAUUUAACCCCCCUCCAAAAAGAUUUGAAAGUAUUCUUGAAGGGCUGUUUGGACCUGCGUUAUUAAAAGAUCUCAGUUUAUUUAAAGAGUGUGAACCUGAAAGCAUUUCUGAUUGGGCGUUUGAUGAAAAUUGUCUGUUCUGUUGCUUGAAAAGAGAUCAAGUAAAGGGACAUUUAGUCGGUCUGGAUGAACCAGCUUCCGGAGCUGGGCAAGAAGCUUUGCUUAAGCAAGAGCACGCAAAAAUCAUUCGACUCCAGAGACAAGCAGAAGAGUUCCUCAAUGCAGUCUUUUAUAGAAAAGACAGUCCCUGGGUCUCCGACCCCAAUAUUCCCUUAGUGGCCCGUGAGAUCAUGCAGCGAAUGAUCCAACAAUUUGCUGCUGAAUAUACCUCAAAAACUAGCUCUACUCAGGACCCCAGCCAGCCCAAUAGCACAAAGAACCAAAGCCUGCCGAAAGCAUCUCCAGUCACCACCUCUCCCACGGCUGCAAGUACUCAGAACCCCGUGCUCAGCAAACUGCUCAUGGCUGACCAAGACUCGCCUCUGGACCUUACUGUCAGAAAGUCUCAGUCAGAACCUAGUGAACAAGACGGUGUACUUGAUUUAUCUACUAAGAAAAGUCCAUGUGCUAGCAGCACUUCACUGAGCCAUUCUCCAGGCUGCUCCAGUACUCAAGGGAACGGGCGACCUGGGAGACCCAGCCAGUACCGCCCAGAUGGACUUCGGAGUGGUGAUGGGGUACCUCCAAGAAGCUUACAGGAUGGAACCAGGGAAGGCUUUGGACACUCCACAUCACUCAAAGUUCCACUGGCUCGAUCUCUGCAGAUUAGUGAAGAACUACUGAGCAGAAACCAAUUGUCCACAGCUGCCAGCCUUGGUCCGUCUGGAUUACAGAAUCAUGGACAGCACUUAAUAUUAUCCAGGGAAGCCUCUUGGGCAAAACCUCACUAUGAAUUCAACCUCAACCGAAUGAAGUUCAGGGGAAAUGGUGCACUCAGCAACAUCAGUGACCUUCCUUUUCUUGCAGAAAACUCUGCCUUUCCAAAAAUGGCACAUCAAACAAAACAAGAUGGAAAAAGGGACAUGAGCCAUUCAUCUCCUGUAGAUUUAAAGAUACCACAAGUUCGAGGAAUGGAUCUUUCUUGGGAGUCUCGCACUGGUGAUCAAUACAGCUAUAGCUCUUUGGUAAUGGGUUCACAAACGGAGAGCGCGCUUAGUAAAAAAUUAAGGGCUAUUCUUCCAAAACAAAAUAGAAAAAGCAUGUUAGAUGCUGGACCUGAUUCUUGGGGCUCAGAUGCUGAGCAGUCUACCUCUGGACAGCCAUAUCCCACAUCGGAUCAAGAAGGAGACCCUGGCUCCAAGCAGCCUCGGAAGAAAAGAGGGCGUUACAGACAGUACAACAGUGAGAUACUGGAGGAAGCCAUCUCAGUGGUUAUGAGUGGAAAAAUGAGUGUUUCCAAAGCUCAGAGUAUUUAUGGGAUUCCCCACAGUACACUGGAGUACAAAGUAAAGGAGAGGCUGGGCACUUUGAAAAACCCUCCAAAGAAAAAGAUGAAAUUAAUGAGGUCGGAGGGGCCAGAUGUUUCUGUAAAGAUUGAAUUAGAUCCCCAGGGAGAGGCAGCACAAAGUGCAAAUGAAUCAAAAACUGAGUAGAAUAUUGUAGAGUGCCAAUUACUGUACAAACUGGGUGAGCACUACUGCACCACUGUUAGCUGUCCUGCUGCACUGACUUCAUUACUGUGACACUUGCUGCUUUGCAGGUUUUGCAUUGCCUUGUGCACAGAGGUGAAAGGUGCAUUCUGAAUUUGCAUAUUUUAAAUGUCCAUGUGCAGUAUGGCUCGGAAUAUUGUUUGGCCUUUUGCAUGUUUCUCUACACAGAGAAUUGAGUUACCUCACAAAGACCAGAUACAUGGAAGUGGACUCCUUGCCUGUAGAGCCUGCAUGCUUUCCUUUGUUCUCUUUUUCUCUCUCUCUCUCUCUCUUUUUUUUAAGUUAUGUUUUCCUUUACCUUAAAAAAAAAAAUAAGGAGGUGAAGGAAAAACCCUUCUGGAAUUCACCUCUGUCAUAUUGGGAGCUUUAUCGCUACAAAUUGAAAAGCUAUCUUACAAAAUGUUGACAUUUUUCUUACAUGAUUCAACUAAUUGAAGGGUUAAACUAAAAAAAAAAAAAGAUGAUGAACCAUUGACUUUAAGAUAUUUGGUUACUUGAUAAAUACUUGGGUCAUAUGCUUUAUCAUUUUCUUUUCAUUAUUAAAUUUACCAACUAAAUUAGCAAUGUCUUAGUGCUCACCCAGGGGCAAGGCGUGGAGAUGUGCACACACUACCUUCAAACUGUUUCAGUUCAUCACUUGGAACACUACCUUUGCUGUAAUUUCAUUUAAGAUUUUCUAAGGGUAGAAUUUGCUCUCACCAACAAGUGAGAUUAUAGCCUUAUCUCAUGGAGGACCCGCUCCCUUCUUACUCAGGAGCAGUCAGGGUACAUUUCAUAAACAAUGGAGGAUGCCUCAUUUCAGCAAGCUUCAGUUUCUUUAUAGUUUUCAGUGGUUUUAUAGAAGUGGUCAUGUAUUAACCAACAACUGAGUAUUGUUGCAGCCAUUAGUUCUAAGGAAUCUAAGCUGUGCUUCCUGGGAGUCAGAGCACAGAGAGCAAUGUGCGUUAGUAAUUAUGGUGUGGCUAAAAUGCUGCUUACACUUUCAGCCUUGAUACUUUCUAUAUAGAUGAAGGAUGGUGACCUAAUAUGAUCAGGUUGCAUGUCGAUUGUGCUGAUUGGCAGUUCAGCUCACUGGAGUUUCCGUCUAACUCAUUCAGAUACUGCUACAAGACUGGGAGAGGUUAGGUUUUAGAUCUUAGUUAAUUUUGUUUAGGUGAACCCCCAACCCCCCCACCCCCACCCCUUAUUCUUAUGGCAUCCUACAUAAUAUCCCCUUCCUGGCCUUUUCUGGUUGUUUAGCACACGUUUCAGGCCCUUUCCAAUCAUGUUUGUGCAAGCACUCCUUGAAGAAUGGCUUAUGCUUUGUUUGAGAUGGGCACAUGAAAUUGCCGUGAUUUAAGUUUGCAAGAUUGGUUUUGACAGACAAGUGAAGAAUUCCUGAUAAGUAAAGCCAGUGGGAUGUAAUCUUUACAAUCAUCAGAUUUAAAAUUACUAUUUUGUGCAAAGCAAAAUCCACACCACAUAUAUCCUAUAUGCUAGUCUUCUGAGAAAGGCGGUUAGGCCCUUCUAAAUGCUUAGCCAAACCCCAAAAUCAUUGACAUUUCUGAGUAAAAUAAAAUAAGUAGCCAGUGUUCCUUAGGUUAAAAUUGGUCAUUCCGAGAGAGUACUAACAACUUGAGAAGUAGGUAGGAAUAUUGUCCAGAUAGUCCUCAGGCACAGAUUCCUGACUGAAAACUUUGAACCCAUUAGUUCAAUUAGGUAAAAGAUAGAUUUCACUCGCAGCCUGUGAGUUCAAAGGUUAGGCACACCAUUGCUGCUGUUAAAAUUAAGACACUGCACAUUUUUGACAUAGGUUGGGUGUGGGCUCCUCUUUCGAUUUGGUUAUUUUGUAAAGCAGUUUAAUCAGUGGAUGACCGCCUGUUUCUUGGCUUUUUAGUCUCAGCAGGCAAAGAGUUGGGUAAUAUGAAUGUGACUGCAAUAUUUCCUAGCCUAGCUGGAAGUUGCAAUAAAAACACCAUAUGAGAUGCACGAUUUUUCAUCUGCAAUUGAAGGAAGUUGUAUGAGGUUUGCUGAAAGCAAAAGGCUAAGCUUAUGAAGGAGAACCUCCUCUGUCCCCUCUCAGUUUGUUAGUACACAGUUGGUUGCAGGCAUGGUUCCUUUUUGUGCAAUGCUGGGGUACUCAGUAGCCCAAAUUUGCUGCAAAAGAUCCUUUGAGAAUUUAACUUGUGCUUUUAUUCCCUCUCAGAAAGACAUCAUUAAAGGCCCAUCUGAGAAUAAAAUCUGGCCCUAAAAGUUGAGCCUUUGUACUUUGACUCUUCAGAGAGGUGUAACCCUUGUGGUAGUCUGUAGUGGUGUAUGUGUUGAGUUACGUAACUUUUGUCAGUGUAGUGUAAUGGGAGUGACCGUUUUACUAACAUAACUAUUUUCUAUGUGUGUUUCAGUGGAUGACAAUCGAGCAGCAGAAAAAUGGUGUGCCUACCCUUUAAUGCUGCAGUUUAAAUAAGAGAACUUGUAUUGUGUCAUUUCAGACUGUAGGCUGAGCUGUAAAUAGUGAAAAUUGAGUACUUCUAUUAUUUGUUUUGGUUAGAAAGUGAAUUUUAAAAACAAACCAAACCCUAAACUUCUCAGAUAUAAAGUCCUGAGACCUGAAGAUUGUAAUGUUCAUGCCUGUGAAGCUUUUAACGUUACACUUGAGAUCAGUCAUGACGUGAUAGUCAGGUACAUUUUCUUUUCCAAGAAGCUUUUGAUAAGCAUAUUUUCUCCAAAGGUUGGUUGGUUGGCUGGUUUCUCUCUUUCUUUCUCUCUUUUCUUUCUUUUGCUAUUGUGUUAUUUUGUUUGAGUAUAGAUUGUUUUAAAGCACUAAUUGCAUUACAUUGGUAACUGCAAUAUAAAAUAGCCAUUAUUGUUUUGUGAAGCAUGGUUGAAAUUAGAUAGUGGCCCCUUUUAAAAUUCAUGAGCCUCUCAAAAAAAAAAAAAAAAAACUUAAAAAAAUACAAAAGCUGCUGAAUAUUUCAAAAGAUAUAUAUUUUACCUUAUUGUAGGUUUGUAAAGUUAGUUUGUAAUAUUCAGGUGCACUUUUAAUGUUAAACUUUGUGUUCAGAGUUCGAUUAUACUGCAUAUUUCUUGGAGGUGGCUGUCAGUCUUCAUACCACAGUGAUCCCUUAAUAUUUGAUUUCUCUCUUGAUUUGCCACUCUGCUGUAUGGCACUUUCAGUGUAGAUAGUCUAGUUUGGAGACGUCCUCAUAAGUGUGUGAUGGAGAUUGGUCUACUUGCAUGCUUAAUUUCUGCUAAUCAGAGGUUUGCAUGGCCCAAACAACAGUUGACCAUUUUUAUGGUAUGGGAAAGUAUAGUUCAUAACUGCCUGUCACAAAAGCCGUUUUUCUCAUAUUUUCCAGUAAGGCAAAUGAUGACAUUAUUCAAAUUACAUAACAUUAUUUGAAUUAAUGGUAGGAAAUAAUAUAUUUAUAAUAAAUCCUUGCUUUUUAGUGAGAGAACAUUGACAUCACACAGUAGAUAAGCUACAGUACUGUGAAAUCACAAAACACUAAACAGUUCUAGGUGAGAUAGAGUUGAGAUGGUAUUUUAUUAUUAGCAUUCUUAUUUCUGAAAGAGCAGAAUCAGCAGGCACGAUCCAAUAUAGUGUGUUAUUUUACUUUGUUCCCUAGCUUGUCAAAUGACUGAAUUGUAUUGAGCUAUACACUUUCAUUCUGCUCCCCAAAUACCAUGAAGGACAAGGUCUCUCUUUGAGGAAAAAAUAUUUAUAUUUGUGUAUAAUACUUUUUAAUAUAAGUUUGUUGUUAUUCUGAAGUUUAGAUGUUGCUUGAUAAAACUUUGCUACAGCAGAUCAUGAAUAUGAGCAAGGCUUUGUGUAAUAGUAGGGUCCUUAUGUGAAGUUACUACUGUUCGGUUCUGGUGAGCAAGCUCAGAGGUGUGAAGUGUGCAUUAGCUUUAUUUCGUACAGUUUUACUUUACAGCAUUGAAGUGCUUUAGAACUCUGGUUAUCUUAUAUAAAUCAUUACCUCAACCAAUUGCCAUUUCUGUUCCCCAGUGUUUUACCUUGGCUGUAAUUUGAGCUGUAUGGGAUCAGAUAGCAAAAUGUUAUGUGGCACAAGGAGGUGUUUAGUUCCCAAUUUUCUGGAGAGAACUCUUAAGUCAGACCCAUAGCCUAACUACCGUCUGUCAUUAGGCAACUUUGUCAUUAGGCAAGUGUGCUCUCCACCUACCCCAGAUAAGCACAUGUUGCCAGGCCUGGUUCUAAGCCUUUCUGAUCCUUUUACAUUUUAUUGCCCCACGAUGGUGAAGUUUAGAUUUAUUUGGUUAUUUUCAUAAAACAAAUUGUCAGGUCAGUGUCAGAACCUGAAAUUAUUUUGAGCUGUCAACGCAUGUGUAUGUAUGACAAGUAGUGUUACAUUAACAACUAUUACAUCCUAAUCGCUUUCCUUUUGAAGCAAAUUUCUGAAUCUGUAAUCCUUUAUUUAACCAAAUGCUUGAGGUUGUUUUCACAUCUCCAUUCUUGUAUUUAUUCAGGUUGCUGUCAUUGGUGGUAGAAUAUGACUAUAGGAUGGAUGGUCACUUGAUAUUCUGUUAGCAGAUUGAAAGUUACAGGUUAAAUUUUGGCCUUCAGAGAAAUGGAAGAUCGUUUUUCUCGUUCCCUUUCCAUUAGAAUUAAAUUUUCAUUAAUAUGCUGGUCAGUCCAGUAUUAUUCAGACCUUGAUGGCUUUAGCCAAAUAAUCCAUUUAGGAGACUAUUGAACUAUAUAAAUUUUUUUGGUUGGUUGGUUUUUGUUUUUUACUACUAAAAAAAAUACAUAUGCAUACACACACAUAUAUUAUAUGUAUGUAUACAUAUACAUACAUACUUGUGGUAUAAGGCAUACAGACCUCCAUACACUUUAUUUUGGAAUAAUUCUGUUCUUGAGACUUGAUGUAUAAACACAAUGACGGGGAGGUAGAGGAAAUGGUCUCCAUCCCAUCUUGUUCACUCUGGUCUUUACACUCAGCUGUUAAAGAAGCAAACUUUAGCCCUGUGAUAGUAACACUGUGGCUGUGUUUUGUGUUGCAAAGGAUUUUGGAGCAGGGGAUGGAACCUAGGGUGGAUAGGUGUAAACUUUAGAAAAAAGGAUAAAGAUCAACUGCCCCCAGCUGGAUUAAAUAAAGUAAGAGUGAGUCUCAAGACACUGUACGAAAAUUUGAUCAUGUGCAUUGAUAGGAAAAUAAUUUACAUUUUUUUGAAAAUGAGAAUUAAAUCUAAUGUUUAUUUGGCAGACAGUAAACAAGAGUUAAUUUUACAAUUAUUUGGGAGGUAAUUUUAAGAUUUCCAGUUCAUUUAGAGCUGUAUCUAUAAAAAAGCAUGAAAAGCAAGCACUUUUAGUAAACCAUAGAUUUAUUGGAUGUAGCAAAUAUUCCUAAUAUUUAUCCUUUAUUGUUUGAAUGUGAAAAUGAACUCUUUACUCCUUGAACUGUCUUUGAACAGGCUCAGGAUAUUUUCAACACUGGAAAUGACCCUACACACAUACCAAAUAAAUAAUCUAAAGCAGUGAGACAUUUGAAGAUUCAUACCUCUUAAACUUAGAUUUGUCUUGAAAACCAGUUUGUGAACCUAUAACCAGUAUUAGUGCAGUCUUGGGUUCCUUGUUCUGCAUAAUUGCACCCUUUCUCAGGUAUGUCCUGAAAACAUAAAAUUUUAAAUCUCUUUGGAGAUUAGAUUCUCAGUGGAUAGUGUGAAGGGGUGGGGGUGGGGGUGGGGUGGGAGUAGUUGGACACAGGAUACUGACACAGUAGAGCAGGGAUUUUUAACAUUCAGUAGCCAAAUAGAGUUUCAGUCUAGAAUAUUUUUACCCCCACAGAAUAAACAAAAUGGUUCCUAUUUGAUAAACAACCAGCGCUACACUCCUGAGUCUUUCGUCCGAUGACUUUCCUGCGUAAUGGAAGGGUAUAUAUAUAUAGCAAACCUCACUAUUGUUAGGAAAGCACUUCCCCAAACUUUUAAAGUUCUAGAAAAGGGAUAAGUCAGCACUUUUCUGUUAAAACACUAAAGUCUUAAUUUACCUUCAGAGUCUUAGGUACUGUAAGUUUUAGGAUGAUUAUUUUAAAAACCAUAACUACAUGAUAUGGGGUCAAAUCACAUUUAUAUAAAUGAUUCUUAUUUUAACAAAGGACAAUAGCAUUUUGUAUCUUUCUAGUACUUCUAAGUAAUUGCCUCACUUUCCCCAGUUCAGUUUAGCACUUCUGGCUUAGGAAUUUGGAAUCUGAGAGGAAGCAGGGGAAUUCCCCCGAACGGUUAUCAGACCAUUUUGAUAUGUAAAUCACUAAGGAAUGGGUAGAGACUCUCUCCCUUUUAAGUCUUCAGGGAAUGAGCAGUAUUUAGAAUCUUUGGCUGAAAUUCAAGCCUUUUUACUGUGUAAAUUUUUAAUACUUAUUCACUGACAUGCUUUUUACAUCAGAGGACUGAUACGGAUCUUAAUGGGUUUAAGUUGUGGAAGGGUAUAUUUCUAAAACUAAGGGGGGGGGGGNGUUGAUUAACUAGGUUAGUAUUACCAGCAUUAGUGAGUUUAAGAAAUCUUAGUAUGUAAUAGCGAAGUGUUUGAUUAAAAGUCUAAUCCUAUAUUGAUAGUCAAAAUUAGUACAUUCUGAUCUAGGAAAGAUAGUCAUUGGAUAUUGAUAUGCUGUGCUGUCAGGAAAAAAAAAACAAACAGAAGAAACCUUUGUCCGACUCCCACGUGUGCGUGUUCUGAUGGGAUGUAUACUUAAUGGUGGCUUGUUGCUGCUUUGGGGGAAAAUGCAUAAACUACAUGGAGCGUUCACGUAUAAUUCUCUAUGACCUCCACUUUAAACUGUCAGACAUUGGUAUUUUAUCAGUCCACACUGUUAAAUAAAGCUAAUGUUCUUAGAAAAUCAACUUGUACACACUGUUGAAAAACCCUCAGGGACAGUUUUCACACUUUCCUCACUCAAUUCAGGUACUUUGAUGCUAUUCUUAAACCUAACAGUGACUUGUAUUUUUCUGUUUUGCUUUUAUUUCAACGUGCUGGUAGCACAUCUUUGAUGAAUGUCAACUUAAAAACUCAGUUCAGGUAUCCAGGUAUAACUCAGCCAAACAGAUUUUAAAGCUGCAUAACUUUCCAGCACACGGUGCCUCACACUCUUAUAGUGGCAUUCUAUAGAUUCAGUUAUAACUACUGAGCAGAUAAUAUGGGGGUUCCUGUUAACAGUGUAUUUUUUUAAACAUGCAUACAUGUAUAGCCACCACACACACACAGAAACUAUAUAUUUUUAAAUGCCACUAAUAGCCAGCACAAAGAAAAUAAGGAACAUUCCUAGCUGCUUCUGUAAACUGUGACAGAGGCAGUUCCUCCUUGAUGUGGCUCUUGUUUCUUCAUCAUAACUACUACUAAAUUCAAGCACUGGUCCUUGGGUGUCUGACCUCUACAUUCUAUUUAUGCAAUGUCUUCAGAGAAUCUGUGCACUGGCCACUGUGAUGGAGCCAUUGGGCCAUGAGUGCUUUGAGUUUAUCAGUAGUGAACCUGCCAAAGUUGGUAUUUUAACAUUGAGUAUGUAAAAUGUCAAAAGUGAGCAGAGGUCUGGGUCUGCAGACGGCAGAAAGUUUUAUCUCAGUGUAUUUUACAGCCUCUAAGACCUCAGUGACAAGUUCCUUCCGAUGGUGACUUGUCUUUUAACCACUUGUUUUCCACAGUGCUACCUGUGGUUAGCAAACUGCGUGCAUCAUCAUGAUCUCUGCCUUACUGUUUGAUGUCUUACAUCCAAAAGAAACGCUAAAACCCAUAGCCUUUGAAGACAUGGAAAAUGGCAUUUUUCAGAUUUCUAGAAGUUCAGUGUCAUGCAACAAAACAGGAGCCCCCUUAACUCUAUGGACCUCAUUUCAAUAUACUGUUUACAGUUUGACGGAAUUGUAUAAUUUAAUAUUUCUCUUGUACUGUAGUUAAUAUUUAUUUACAGAUUUUUUUGUACUGUGUGAUUUGAACUUUUUGUUCCUGCUAUAAUCAUUUGUUUAUGUAGUAGAGCACUUAUGAUCACACGUUAAGUUUUUGGGUUUGAUUGCACUACAUUAAAUUUUUAAUGCAGUUCUGAUUUUGACUGGACUAAAAUAAGCUGUGUCUUAAUGUAUGUGAUGAGUACUUAAAUUUUAAUCCAUGUGGUUCCCCUUCCUUUUUUUUUUUUUUUUUCUUCCUUUUUUUGCAUUGUAUGUCAGAAGCACUACUCCUCCUGUGCAUGUGUAAGACUUAAUGGUUCCAUUGUAUUAUUUGACCAUGACAUUUUGGAGAAACAUUCCCAGCUGUAAUGUUGUGUAUGGUAGUUCUCACUGGAUGCUAGACUUUAAAAACCACUAUUCUUCUAAUAAAUUUUGUUGUGAAAA